ACUUAACGGACUUAAGUGGCACUUACGAUUUUAUGGCUAUAUUCGCAUAGCACUACGAUAAUCAUAUAAGUCGAUUAAUUCUACUAUAUCAUUCAUUUCAUCAAAGUCAUCGAUUCACAGCUUUCUUCACAGUACAACUUUACCGAGACACUCACAGCUCCUGCAUUUACAAAACCACUGUCCACCAUUCAUCAUGUCUCCCUCUAUUGCCCAGCUGCCUCUCCUUGGACCUCUCGUCGGUCUUAGCACCUGGACCUUCGCCAUGGAAGGCCUGCUGUAUUGGCGUCGAACUCCAGCUCUUUCCAAGUACGGUGUCUCCUUCGACCCAGAGACUGCCAAAAAGCAGAAAGCAGAGAAGCUGCCUGCAUUUGUGCAGUGGCCCGCCGACAAUUACAACAACCUGCUCGAGCAACCUACUCAAUUCUACGCUGUUAUGCUUGCACUCAGUCUGCUGAAUGUUAAGGACAAGACCACGGUGCGCCUGGCGUGGGGAUAUGUCGGCCUGAGAGUUAUUCACAGCCUCAUUCACGUCUCGUACAACAACCUGCUUCUGCGCUUCCCCACCUUUGCCGCAAGCUCCAUUGUGCUCUUGGGCAUCACUGCCAAGGCGGCCUUGGAGCUUUGGUAUUAAGUCUGUCGCGCAUAAUGAGGUCGAAACGCAGAGCAUGGCUCGGUGGCAUAAAGCAUCGUUGGAAAAGAAUACAAACAACUCCACUGACCUUCAAAUCCUUCGAUCGACUACGUACAACCUUCGGCCUCUACUAUAUGACUUAAGCCGAGUCAAAGGCGUGUGUCACACAACUCGAACUCCAAAUGGCCUCACGUAUACAAGGCUCUGGCGACAUUUAGAUGGCUCUCGACUCAUCAAAUUUAGGACCGCAGUGGUGCAUGCACCUAUCAAAACUAGUAUAGAAAAGCCUUGAAUUCAUUACUACCUGCUACCAGUUUACAAUUUCGAACCCAACGUGCAAUCUUCCAUCAAUAACCUCACGCAGUCAACAACGGAGACGCGACAUACAUAUUCAUAAAACCCCUCUUCAGUCUCUCAGGAAUUCCAGCAAUGGUCUUCAGCUGGCUUACAUCCCCCCAUCCCAAACUCUGAGCUAAGGUGCCCACAAAGUCUUGCUGGCCCUUUUCCCCCACUGCAGGACUUACCCAAGCAUCAUGAAUGUCUUCAUACCUCUUCUUGGCAUCAUCAUUUGGCUUGACUGGAGCCCAUGCAUCCUCAGCCGUAACCAUACCUGGGAAACUCCGUUCAGCAGUUAGCUCCUGGAGGUCUGCAUCCGCAACCUUGUAGGCUGGGAAUGGGUCUGGAGACAUGGUUGGCUUGGGCGCAGUGACUCUCACGCCUGUCAUGAGAGAUGGGCUACCAUUGUUGGUGUUGAGUAAAUCACCGACGUUGUUUCCACUCUGGCGUGGAUCAGUUCGGCGGUCAUCUAGAAUGGGUCAGCUAAAGGUCCAGAUGCGGAUACAGAAAACUUACAUUUUGCCCACAGAGCGCCCGGAAGCAUCUGAGUAUAUUUCUCGAAUUGCCAAUCCUCCUCAGGGUUGCUUCCAUCCUCAUGGACUAUUUGGAUCUGUAGAAUUGAAGACAUGGGCGUUGUCAUGCCCAUUGGCUUGCUGAAAACUUCAUUGCCCUGCAAGAUUGGGUCCCAACUAUUAUUUGUUGAAACACCGUUUAUGGCCAUCUUGCACUCCGCAACAAACACAAAUGUGCCAGCCCGGACGGUCCAAGGGUCGUUUUGUCCCUUCUCUGGCUGAUCAUCAGGGUUCAGGAGUCCAGACUCAGCAAGGAAGUUGUGUGCUUCGUUCUUGGGUUUGGUAGAUGUCGACGCUGCAAGGGGUUCCUGUUGCUGUUUGCCCGUGAUGAGGGAAGUGGCAGACGCAAAGGAAGAUGCAGGCGAGUCUUGGAGUACAAGCUCGUAGAAGUCUGACAAGCUGACUGGAUCGAUCUUGGGAUGAUGAUUGCCAAAAUUGAUAUCGAAAGCGACGAUCCAGAAGUCAACAUGAACGCGACCAGCAACAGGUGGUCCCCAGAGAUACAGCUCAGCACCGAUUUGUACUGAGAUUCGAAUGUGGAUAAACCAGAAGUCGAUACUGAACCCGACUCCGACAGAGACACCAGCUGACAUGUCAAAGUAAAAGGGUCGGUAAUUGAUAAGAAAAUUGGCGAAGGCAUCAAACCAAGCAGAGAGGGGUCCUGCUUUGAACGCAGCAUGGAGACGUCCACCAGCCAUGCAUGCCUUGGUAGUGAUGGCAAAAUAUGCUUCUCCAGAGAUUGACAGGCCACCGCCCAAGUCCCAGCUAAUACCAAGCCGAGGGGGGUUAGGGUACCCAACAGGAACGCGGAAAGCUUGAUGGUACCCGCCCAAGGUGAAGACAAAGUCUCCGAUUCUGGCUUUAUCGGCGAGAGGCGCAUCGAACCAGUAGCAAAGGGCAAACCCGCCAGUCAAGUGGCAGUUGGGACUGAGGAUAUAAGAGCGAGGUGAUAGCUGCGCCUCGAUCUUGAGGAAGCCAUAGUCAAAGUCCAACACAGCAGCGAUACCCAACUCAGCAUGGGCAAGUUUAAGUUGCGAGUUGGUUGAAGGAAUGUCACAAGUCGCUACUGCGAAGAUGCCCAGCUUCACCGAGUCACCAAACUGCACUGCAACAACAGCAUCGACGCUCAGCAUACGGAAUGCAGAGAGUUUCAUGCCAAUGGCACCCCAGUAGGUGUUGUCAAGUGGCUGGAACCACCCGCCGCCGGUGGGACUGACAAGCUCCAUAAGGACUUGUUGAGCAUUGUCGUUGUUGCUGAGACGGCUGCUGUUGAUGAAGGGAAAAUCCGAGACUUGGUCUACAGAAGGCAAGCGAACGCUGCUAUUGUAGCCAAAGCCACCGCAGAUACCGCUGAUCUCAGCAAAGGCAAGUGUCAUGAGCGGGCCGUUGAGCUUUGCGAAGACAAAGACACUCUGGAAGCUGUUGCUGUUUGCGAGAGUGAUGACUCCGUAGAAGCCAGCUGCUUGGAACUGAUAAGGACGGAAGCCGAUGAUAAGACCACCAGCGUAGUAGUCCAUGGCACCGUCAUUACCGUGGACGAUGAUGCCGGCGAUUGUGAGGGGACGUCGAUCAAAGGACGCUGCCAAACCGUCAAUGUUGACACUGAUUGUUGGCAGCUCAUCGAGACUCUUAAAUCGGGUGUUGAGGGUGAAGCCGAGAAGAGAGAACCCAAUCGGUCCAAGCUGGAACGUCGCAUCAAAGGUGAUAGACAAUGUCUUUGCCUUGUAUUUCAGACUGACGUUGCUGAUGGCUAUGGGUCCGGUAUCUUUCUUGAAUGGGGCCUGGGCACUAGGGCCUCCAUCAUCCAUCUCCUCCUCAGUGCGUCUUCUGCCCUUUUCCUCGGCACUAGAGGCCAGUGCUUGAGAUGAUGAAGGUUUGGGUUUCAUGAAGCCAUAGCUUAGCAGACACGCGCGCUCGCCCUUGGCCACAUUACGUAUAAUGACAGCGAAGUGACAACCAGAGGGCACAAGAAGGUCAGUUGGUUUCGCCUGGUCAGGCUUGAUCUUGUCAGCAACAAGCAGCGGAUCCUUUUGCAUCACGCCGUUGUUGAGGAGACCCAUAUCCUCUCGCGUCAGGCCUGUCAUUUGACCGGGUCUAUUUGGUGGCUUGGGGUCCUGGACGAAUAGGAAGUACAGCUCAUCGAGUGGCUGAUACAGUGUACCAACAAGAGGAAUCUCAAGUUCCAUGUUGCCGAAGCCGUUUAUGGCUGCUUUGAAUAGUCUCUUGGAUGGAUCUUUGGGACCCCAUUCAGUGCUAUGGAGCUGGGAGAAGAGGAACUGGAGAUGUCCAAUAUUGAGAGUGGCAAGGAAUUGGAAUGACUCGAUGCCGGAGACGGCGUCUUUCAUCUUCUUGAUAUCAAUGCUGAAGGCAUCCUUGUUGUCACCGACUAUCAGAGUGUCGUAGACAAAGUCAGGGAUGUCAAACGAAGAUCCGAGAAGGUCCGUGAGGAUAUCUCCGAUAGUGGCAUUCCGGUCGGCGGGAUUCAGUGCCGCUGAGAAUGUAAAGCCGUUAGAAGUGUAAUUGAAGUCGAGAUUCAAUCUCAGCCCCGCAACGACCAAGUCACCAGAGAUAGUGAACGUGCUUCCCACCGAUUUGGCGUUAUUGCCACUCUGUUUCUCGUACGUAUACUCAACGGACAAAGUGUUGAUGGCAAUGGAAUUGAUCAGCGGUCCAACGUGGCCCUUCUCAUCAUCGUGGAAGAACUCAGUCAGAGCUGCGGCGUACAAUCCAUUGAUAGAAGCCGUAAGCUCCCAAGACUUGUUGGAAGAAUCGUAGCCAAGAGUUCCAACAAAGGCAGCGGGGAGAUCGAACUCAGAAUCCUCUGGUGGAUCAAUCAGGACGGAAAUCCCGACGUCAAAGGUGAAGACUGAGCUGCUGCCCCAGUUGAAGUAGGUCGCCAGAACAACCUCGCCGAGAUAGGGUUGGGGGGCUGAGCCUGGAGUUGGAGGGUUUGCAGUGGCUUGACAGCGAAGAGAGAAUGAUUCUUGGGAUAGCUCAAUGGAUGCAAGGGUUAUCUGGGAGGGCAAAGUGUCAGGGAUAUUGACCACAGUCUGGCCGGGGAUCAGAGUGGCGAUGUCGAUGGAAGACGCUGGGGAAGCUGUCAAGGGCUUGAGAAUGGCCCACUUCUCACCCUCUGGCUCCAAGUCGAGGUCAUCCGAUGCGCCAAAGUCUGUGUAUAACUCGAAUUAGUAAAGGCCACAGUAAGCGCAGAGGAUCAUGUCAUUACUUACUGUUCCACAACUGUCCGGACAGAGUACCAUAAGUACCGGUAGAUCGAUUCCAGUUAUACGUG